AUGUCCAAAAACCGAGUUUCUACCUCCGUUCCCCCCUCGCCGCCCUACUUCCAUCCCGCCACAGGUGACUUGAUUGUCCGUCUUGCGGACAGCAUCGACUUCCACGUCCACCAAUGUACCAUCGCGAAUGUUUCUCUCGUCUUCGCCGACAUGUUCUACCAAGCCAGUGGUGGCCUUCUGCGAGUCCACUGCCGUCUGGACGCACAUCCUCUGCUUCUCCUACUACCUCCCCUCCUCAGACUUCAUCGCGGACUCGCACCCUACGGGUUGGAUCUUCCCGCCGACUUCUUGGCCGUGUCAAAUUUUGACCGCAUUACCGCCCACGUGCACCACCGUCUCCUGAGCACUGCCGGCGGUGCAAGCAACGCUUCCACGGAAGGACAAGCCGCGGGGUUCGGAUUGGCUGGACACCACAACAUGAGUUAUUUCGUAGGCGAGGCAUGGCGGCAGGGUAAGGAGGCCUUGCGGAAAGUCUGGCUCUUUAACUCCGGCCUGGUCCCGUAUUUAAUACAACUCUCCUCAAGGUUCUUCUGGUAA